AUGAAGAAGAAAUCUCCGUCCGCAAGGAAACCCCAGAUGGUCUCUAGCCCAGAAAUGGACGCGGCCUUGCAACUGAUUCAACUCAGCGGCGAUUCUGAUUACAGCAAAGAAAAACGUGGCCGCGACGCCACCAAAUCGGUGGAGCAACACCUAGAGGAAAGCGUGGGGGAUUCUAAUGAAAUUUCCUCCAUCUUUAUCAGAGAACUGAAGACGUGCCCCAAAAGAAAAGCUAGAUAUAGAUCAAUUGUUGAUCUGUACAGCGUUACGAAGCCUGUGAUCAUCAAGAACCGUGGUAAGAAAUUCAGGAAUUGA